AUGAGUUAUUUUAUUGUUCCUUCAGUUUCAUAUCAAACUAAUCAAAAACUACAAAAACAAAAACAAAAACUGAAACAAAAAGAUAAACAAAAACAAUCUAAACGAAAGAAGAAACUGAGUCAAAGUAGUGGAAGUAGUAGUAGUAGUAGUAGUGGUGGUGGUGGUGCCACAACAACAACAAAAUCUGGUCAAUUGGAAUUAACUAUAGAUGAAGAAAUGAAUGAACAAGAAGAAUAUACUGAAGAAGAUGAUGAUGAUUAUGAAGAAGAAGAAGAUAAUAAAUCUAUUCUAACAACAAAUUCAAUUUCUUCAAGAUAUAAAAGUAAUAAACGAAUUGGUCAUAAAUCAAAUAAUAAUUCAAAUCAAAGGCGAAAACUACCAUCACAACAACAACAACAACAACAACAACAACAAGAUAUUUCACCAACAACAAAAGUAAUAAAAACUAAUUCAUCUCCAUCUGUAUUAGAAGAACCAUUACAACAACAACAAAAAUUACCAUAUAAAGAAGAUAUUAAUCAAGAAGCUACAAUGAUUGCAUCAAAAUAUGGUGAAGCAUUAAGAUCAGGAUCAAAUCUGACUUCUAAUAAAUCUGGAACUACAACUGGUGGUAGUAGUAGUAAUAGUAAUAGUAGUAGUAACCCUAAUAUUACUAGUUUAGCUAUACCACCACCACCACCACCAACAACAACAAAAAGUUUAAGGAGACAUCGAUCAAAUUCAACAUUAUCUACUUCUUCCACUCCAUUAUCAUCAUCACCAUUACAAUCACAAUCACAAUCACAAUCACCAUUACAAUCACAAUCACAAUAUAAUCAAAAUCAAGCAUUUCAUAGAAAUACUUCAAUUACAUCAAGUUUAAGUCAAAAUUCACAAAAUUCUUUAACUAAAGAUAAUUCAUCAUUAAAUAGUAAAUUUAGGAAAUUAUCAUUUUUUAAUACUAGUAAUAAUUCAAUUAUUACAUCUAAAAGAAAAGAAAGUAUAAGUUCACUGCCUGGAGGAAUUGAAUCACCUGGUUCUACAUCAGGAACAAGAUCAGGAACAAGAUCAAGAUCAACAUCAGUAUCAGGAUCUAAAGUUGAUGGAUCUUAUUUCCCAGAUUAUUCUGAUAAAACGUCAUUGUCAUCACCAAAUACAAACCCAAAUACAAACCCAAACCCAAAGACAAAUCCAAAAUCAAAUUCAAAACCAACACUUUUAGAAAAUCCAUCAUCAGUUUUACCUCCAUUUAAAGUAAUUACUGAUUUAUCAGUUUAUAAUACACCUGAAGGAAUUGAAAGUAAUUUUUUUGCACCCAAUUAUCAAGUUUUCCGUUAUAAUAGUUUUCUUGAUUUAUUAAGUGAAUAUCAUCAAGGUGAUGCUAUUAAUGUAUCAACAAUUAGAUAUCAUUUACUUUUAAAAUUUAUAAUUAAACAAAAAAAUGCUCGAGAUUUUAUUAGAAAUGCUAAUGCUAAUGGUAAUAAUAUUAAUACAACAAAUUCUUAUCAUUUAACCAUGACAGAAAGUGUUUUUGCUUAUCAAUUAUAUGGACCAUUAAGAUAUUUACUUCGAUAUUUAAUAAAACAAAAAUUCCAAGAAGAAAAAAAUAACAUUAGUCGUGGUGAUGAUAAUGAUGAUAAUGAUGAUGAUAAUAAUAAUAAUAAUGAUGAUAAUGAUGAUGAACAAUUUUAUAAUCAUGAAGAAUUAAUACAAAUGAAUUUUAUUAAUUUUAUUAGAUAUAUUAUGCAAUUACCUGAAAUUAAAGAUUCAAAAAUAAUUCUUAAUGAAACUGAAAAAAAAAUUUAUGAAUUUAAAGAAAUUUUUCAAAAUACUGCUAAAGCAUUAUAUAUUUUGAAAAAAGAUAAAUUACCAACAACACCAACAACAACAACAACAACAAUUAAUGAAACUAAAGAUGAUAAAGAACAACAAGAUUCUCAAGGUCAAAUGAAAUUAUUAGUAGAAACCAUUACGAAAAUUUGUUAUGAAUAUAUUUUAUUAGAAAAAUAUCGAUUAGAUAUUAUAUCUAAAUUUCAUAAUAAUCAUUUAAUUGAUAAAGAUAUAUUAAAAGAAUUAUUUGAUAAAUAUAAUAAUAAUAUGAAAUUGAAAAAUCCUGAAACUGUGAAAGUAUUUCUUUAUAAUAUAUCUAAUCUGAUUCAAUUUGGUUGGUAUUUUGCUAUUACAAUUCCAUUUGUAAGAGUUAUUGAAUCAAAUAUUUAUAAUGAAGAUUUAAAUCUUAUUAAAAAUUAUGAAAAAUAUUAUCAAUUUGAAAAAAAAAUCAUCAAUAAAUUAAAUCAAAAAAUAAAUUUUCAAUUUAGUGAUAAAGAAUUAUUUGAUAAUCAUAUUAAAAAAUUAUUAUUUAAAUCAUUUAAUGAUUAUAAUUUAUUAUCAAUGGAAAAAUUAAUUAAAUUAAUUAGAAUAAUUGAUAAUCAAUCAAAUAAAUUUUUAAAAAUUAAUCGAAAUGAAAUUCCUAAUCCUUCUAAAAAUUUUUCAACAAAACCAAUGAAUUUUGAAUAUUUUAAUCAAUCAAUAAUUAAAAUUAAUUCAAAUAAUUUUGAUAUGAUUCAUUCAUCAGAUUUAAUUAUUCAAAUUAAUUUAAAUAAUUAUAAAACUUUAAUUUCGGAAUUUUAUAGAAUUUUAAAACCUGGAGGUAUAUUAAAUUUAGAUUGUAUAAAUUUUGGUGGUGAAAAUUUUCAUGAAUUUAAUUUAAAAUAUUUUUCCAAAAAUCAAUUCCCAGAAAUUUUAAAUAAUGAAGAUUAUGGUAUUAGUAAACAUUUUAAUAGUAUUACUAAUUUUCUUGAAAUUAUUUUAAAAGAAUUAAAUAAAGUUUUCAAAAACAAUGGCAAUGAUAAUGAUGGUGGAUCAGUUAAAUUUGGUAUUUCUUUAUUAAGUUCAAAACUGGAUUUACAUAGUUUUGCUACAAAAUUUGUUUCAAUGAGAUUACUUGAAGUAUUAGGAAAAUUUGAUUUAUAUUGUGAUUAUUUUCUGGAUGCUGGUGAUAAUAUUAAAGCUCUUGAUGAUGAAAGUAUUCAUUUUGGUGUACAAAUUAGAGCUACCAAAGGAGGAGGAGGAGGAGGAGGAGGAGAAGGACAAGGAGGGAAAAAUUCACUGGAAAAUAGUUAA